AUGUCGGUGGAUACUGAAGGUUUCGUGAAAUCAUACUGCCUGCUCUUCGGUGCGGACUACCCGUCUUUGAAAUCCUCCACCAUUCAAAUGCAGGAGCAAGCCGCGCGGAUCGGCGACCGCAUCAUGAAGACGCUCCGCGCAAAAGAUCACAGUCAAAGACCGAAAGUCCUCGUUGUGGGCAUGGGUUCGGAUCGGGGGCAAUCAGAUCUCUCACACUCGCCUGGGAAGGCUCUUGCGGUACACUUGCUCAGCGAGCACGAUGUGUACGUUGAGUUCGCGGAUCCCUUGGUGGAGAGAGAUGCGAUGUCGUUCAUUCCGCAGCUCGAGGAUGCCAUGUGGGGAGUCGAGGGAUUGCGGACAUUCGACGCAAUCUUGGUGGCGGUGGAUCAAAAUGGGUAUGAUUACACUGUUCUUGACCAACUGGAGCGGGAAGGCAAGAUCAUAGAGUGGUUAUGUCGGCGAUGA